GGUAAUGGAGCAUCUAUGUCUCCCAUAGUGAUUCCUCUCUCUAGUCUUUUAAGGAGUGGGGCUUUCCUUGAAAAUUUCUGUGAAGUUUUUUCUUUGGAGUCUCAGUUUGAUGAAUUCCUUAUUUUAAUAGCUUGAUUGAGCAAAAUCUUAAUAUCUCUCUGGAUAUUGGUUUUAGAUGAAGCGUUAAAUGUUCUUUGUCUAAUCAUUGGCAUUUCAUUCGUAAUAUUUGUCGGCAAGCCAAUAGCACAUACUGUAUUUCUAGCGUUCUUGGUGGCAAGACAAGGUUUAAACUUCGAUUCCUUGUUGAUACCAAACUUAAAGUGGAACAUUGACCCAGACAUGUUCUUUUCAACGUUUGGAGACAUUUUGACUGCAGAGGCUGAAGCAUUCUCACUGAGAAGCUCUUCAGACAAAUUCUCAUCGAAUUCAAGGGAAUAGUUCAUAUUUAU